UUAGAAGUGACGUGAAAGCCGCAGGUCGUGUAUCGCGUGUUUCCUCGCGCCGUCGACUUUUUGUGGAGAAGCACAAUAUCGAGUUUCGUUUUGCUCCUGUUUGAGCCUUUGUAAAUAUUGUAGUUUUGAAGGUUGGAUAUUUCAAUAUGGAAAUUUGAGGAAAAUUGGUUUAAUAAUCUAUUGAAAAAGUUGAUCAAAUUGAUUCAUAAAAAGUCAAAAAUUAAUCAGAGUGCGUUUUCGGUCGAGUAGGCGACGACCAAAAGAUCAUCUCGUCCGGUCAGAGAAGAAGUGCAUAAGAGCAGAGUGAAAGGUGAAGAAGAGAGUGCAAAGCCAAAGAAAACAGGUGAAGAAAAGAAGAGCAAAGAAGAAAAGGUGAAAAACCCGUCCUCUGACAGGUUUUCGGUGUUCGGGCCCGAAGAGAGUGACGAAGCUUUCCAGCAUUUUUUUUUAUUUUUCGUUUUCGCCUCUUUCUCAAGAGUCUCGCGGAGAAGCCUCUGGCCAAAGAAGGAGACACAGUCAGCCAGCCUCAGCAGCAGCACUCGAGCGUCGCGCCGUCUGUGUCUGUGUGUGAACGUGCGUGCGUGCAUCCAAGUUGUGAGUGUGUGUGUGUGUGUUUGCACGUCACUGCGCUGUCACACCGUAGUGAAGGUUGUAGUUGUUGUUUCUCGGUGGUGACCAGCUGAAACUCCGAGCGGAAAAUCCUGUGCUGAAAACGUGACUACUUCGAAAAUAAGAUUGUGCCCGGUAAACUAUGUCAAGCCAACAGAAGCACCGGAUCCAGGUUCCGGACGGAUUACGCGACGUGCUACUCGAAUUCUCGAUAGCGUACCUGCUCGAGCAGCCCGGCGAUGUGAUCGACUACGCGGUCGAGUUCUUCUCGAAGCUGCAGGAAAACCGAAAGACCACCAUGAUCACAGCGGCCGAGCCGAUCUCGCCGGACGAGAGCAUCAUGUCACACGAGGAAGAACCCCUGGUGAACCGGUACGCGUCGCGCAGGAAAUCCGUGUUCGCCGAAACGUACGACCCGGAGAAUGACGACGACGACGAUGGGGCGCGCGCGAUAUUCCCCAAGACGGACGAGCAGCGGUCGCGGUUGUGCGACUCCGUCAAGAACAUCCUGCUGUUCCGGUCGCUGGACAAGGAGCAGAUGAACGAAGUGCUGGACGCCAUGUUCGAGAAGAUAGUCAAAUCGAAAGAUUAUAUUAUAAAGCAAGGAGAUGACGGAGAUAACUUCUACGUCAUUGAGUCAGGAAUUUACAAAGCGUACGUGGGAGAAGAUCAGAAGCACAUACACACGUACGAGGGUAGAGGCAGCUUCGGAGAACUAGCUUUGUUGUACAACAUGCCAAGAGCUGCCACCAUCCAGGCCGAAACGGACGGCCAGCUGUGGGCGAUGGACCGCCAAACAUUCCGGAGAAUCCUGCUCAAGUCCGCCUUCAGGAAACGGAAAAUGUACGAAGCCCUGCUGGACUCGGUCCCGAUGCUGAAGACCCUGCAGAACUACGAACGUAUGAACCUGGCCGAUGCUCUAAUACCGCGAACCUUCACACAGGGCGAGCGGAUCAUCAAGCAAGGUGACGUCGCCGACGGGAUGUACUUCAUCGAGCAGGGCAAGGUGUCGAUCCGCAUCCAGCAGGACGCCGGCGAGGUCGAGGUCUCCAACCUCGAGAAGGGCGGCUACUUUGGCGAGCUGGCCCUCGUCACCCACCGGCCCCGGGCCGCCUCCGCCUACGCCGUCGAUAACGUCAAGGUGGCAUUCCUGGACGUGGACGCGUUCGAGCGGCUCCUAGGUCCGUGCAUGAACCUGAUGAAGCGCAACAUUGGCGACUACGAGUCCCAGCUGGUCAAGAUCUUCGGCAGCAAGAACAACAUCAGCGACAUCCGAUAAGCGUCGCGACGACCGUUGAACUCGACCAACCAACCAACCAACCAGCAAUCGCAGCAGAAGUCUUCUUAACAAGGGAAAUUAUGUAACAACAACAAAAUCAGCAAAACUAACAAAAAAAAAUCCAAAUCACUCAUCAAGCAUCACACAUUCUACGAUUAAUAAAAGGAAAAGCCGCCACGUGGUUCGUUUUGGCUUGUGGCACGCCACGGCCACGUGGCCCACGCUAGCCGGCCGGUAUUCUUGCGCCCGACGGGGUCCGUGAAAAACGUUUCGGGUUUCCCUUACCAUCGGUUCCGGGGCCGACACAUUUCUGGGUUUCCACAAUUUUUCUUUACCAUCUAAUAUAUAUCAGCAACAGCAACAGCAGCGUGGCCCAGAAAGUGGAGGUUGUUAGCUCGAGCUAAUGCCCGGACACCCCCGGCGAUGUUCCGGAUGCGGCGGAGCAACUAGACAGGCUGGCCAAACUCUAAUCAUCGUCAUCUUCAUACGUGGCUGGAUCAUCCACCGAGACAAGAAGGAAAUAAAAUUGUGACGAAGCAGUCAGCCAUCAUAUAAUUAUUACUAACUUUUAUUUUAUUGUUUUUGCAAAUAAAUCGUAGUUUUUAGAUUUUUAGAGGAAGAGACGGGAUGCGCGCUUUUAUCGCAGAGAGAAUAAAAAUAAAAAUAAAACAAAAUAUUAGAACAAGAAUGAACACAUUUAUAUAUCAGAUUGUAUUUGAGCAAGUCAGAUAAAAAGGAAAGAAUAAAAAUCUAAAAAAAAGCAUUAAACUAAUCGGUGUCGGAGACACGACAAGUCACCACCGCCGCCACCAGCAUCAGUUUUCGAUUAAACAAAGCAUAAACAUAAAGAAAGAAAGAUUAUAUGUGUAAUGAAACUAAUAAAUAUGAAAAAGCAAACAAAAAAACAACUAGAUAUUGAAAUACACACAAACAAGCAAACACAAGAAACGCAAUGUUUCCAGCUCCCCCCUAUUUCAGGUAACUGUAAAGUGUUGUGUAACAAAUCAAACAAAAAAAAACAAGAAAAAUAUUUGAAAGCACACACCACAAGCAUUAGUAACUGUGUGUUUAAACAAAAUAGUGAAAAGUAGUGUGAGACAUUUGAAGAAAAAAAAAUACAAAAAGGAAAACAAAAAAAAACAUAACCGAUAACAUCAAUAUCUAAACAACACAGCAGACACGAUUAUUACUAAAUGGUGAAAUGAAUGGAUUUAUUAAGAAAAAAAAAACUAUGAAGAACUUUUUAGCAAGUAUUCGUAAAACAAGCAAAAUGCAAAAAAAAACAAAAGCAAACUGUACUAGCAAACUAACUGAUCACUGAAAAAAUGGAGAAGGUGAAGAUUAUAUGAGACACACAUGAAAAGAAAGUAAUAAGCAAAAAUUAACUUAUUUCUGUUAUUUAUUCGAUCAUGAGGUAAGCAACAAAAAAAAAUACAAAAAAAUCAUAACUAGCAAAAAGUAACAAAAAAUGGUAACAAUUUUAAGAUAAAACUUUGAGCAGUGUUUAACAUAAAAUAUAAAAGAAGAAAAAAAAAACAAUAUCACUCUAUAAGAUAUAUGAAUUGAUAUGUAAGUAAGUUAAGAAAACAGCAGAGAUUUAAUUAAGGAAAGUUAAGCAGAGUAUAUAUUUAAUAACAAGUAAAAAAUCAGAUAGCGAGAGAGAUCAGCCAUUUGAGAAUGCAUUAAAAAAAACUGAUAAAUCAUAAGACUUUGAUGCGGCUCCCAGGUGAGCGAAGGCAUGCAUGAGAAAAAAGAAAAUCAUUAGGAAAAAAACAAACGUUUAAACAAAACUGCACAAAGCUAGAAGUUUAGAAAAUGCGGAAACUCAUCCAGCACUGUUGAGAUGAGCGAGAAAAAAAAAGUGAGACAUCAUAUCGCGAUCACCGCCUACUACUGAGAGAAACUAAGAAAAAAAAAACUAGACACACGAAUUAUAGUUUUUUCGCAUCUCUUAGGACGCAGUAGGCUUGAACAAAAAAUUUCCAUUUUGACAGCAUCACACAACUAGAAGGAAUGACAUGCUUUGUUUGUUUUUUUUUAGUGAGGUUGAUGAAACAAACGGUUUCAAGUUGUUUUUGAAAUUUCCAGAUAAAAUAUGAGAAAUUUAAAAAGCUAAGUAAUUCUCUACGUUUUUGCAAUUUUAUCGUGAUUUUAAAUUUUAUAUUUUUUUUUUAAUUUGGGUGAACAAUUGUCCAUGCAUUCCCGCCGUCAAAUGCAGAAAUUUUGCAUCAAUAGUUUAUCCAAAUAAGUCUUCGUACAAUUUUACAGGCUGGUAAUACAAAAUAGGCGACAAAAUUCGAAACUCUGUAUAUUGAGAAGAGAUUUUCUUAUCGAUUUGGAUUGUUGGGCAAAGAAAGAACAUUUUUUUCUGAAACAAAUUUGCCGCAGACAUGAAAUCAAUCAGAAACUCCCUUCUCAAGAUACAGAUUUACGAACCUUUCCAUGCCCAUUUUGUAUGAUGAGCCCUCAAAAUUGUAUGGCUUCUUUCGACAAGGAGAAUGCAUGAACAAAGUUUCUUUCGAAUCAAAAACAGUAAGAUAAAGUCGAUUUGCGAAAACGUAGAGAAUUACUCAGCUGAAAAAUGAGCGAUUUUUGGUUCGUUUGGUUCAACCAACAAAAAAAUCUAUUUUUUUCCAGUACUGGAUUUGCUUGAAGGUACAAACACAGUCAAAUUUCGCAAAACAAACUUUAAACUUUUGCAAACGAUCAAUCACUACUGUUACAACUAAACUAAACCCGAUGUGAACCGAACAAAGACAGCAAUCGAAAAGAAAACAAAAACUCUCUCUUUCGAGCAGCAUAUUUCACGGCAAGUUGUAGACUUGCGCGACUCUUUCGUACUUUUUGGAGACAUAUAUAUUAGUACAUGAGCUUACACAUGUGUAUUUUUUACCCUGGUAAGACAAUAUAUACAAACAACUAUUACAGAAAUCUAAAAUGUCCCUGCCUCUCCCAGAAAGAAACAAAAAUCUACACUGAAAAAUACGAAAUCUGAGAGGAAUACAAGACCUUGCGUUUGUGUGCAACACACACGAACUACAAACAAUAGGAACAAAUUUCCGACAAAAAUAAUCAGAAGGACCCUAAAAACACUCUACUUUUUCACUUCUCUGAUUAGUUCCAAGAACAGCGAGCUUUUAACAAACCCCCUCUUUUUCCCUUUUCGGCACACUUAGAAAAUGCUGGACAUUUUCGGUUUCGAGUAAAUGUUCUGCUUAUUCUUCUAACACCUGCCCUUUGCUUGCGGUUUUAGAAAAAAAAUAUUUGAGGGAAGAUGAACCUGCGUUUCAAAAUUACUGUGAGAGAAGUUACUAUCAUCGGAAAACUGUAGAGCUCACGUUAGGGAAAAGAACAAAUUUUGAAACACAACCGAUCACGACAGCAGAACAGCGUUACUUUUAAUAAAUAAAUAAAACAACAAUUUAAUAAAAGUAAUAAUAUUGAAGAAGAAAAACAUUGCGCAAGAGGAACAGCAGAACAGCCAUAGCUUCGUCUCGAACGAGCAGAUUGAUUGAAAAAAAUUAGGAAUGAGAAUAAAAUGAGUCAAGUUUAUUUUUGUUUGUUUGUUAUUUAACCGUAAGACGUUUUACUAAUUAGUUUGUUUUUUGCUUCCCGUUGGAUUAGUUUUAGCAGUCGCGAGCAUGCUCGCAUUGCCAUGUAUUUAAAAUGAGAAAAACAAAACAUAUUGAGCAUAUUAAUAAUGAUAACAUUAUAAAACAUAACUAGAGAUAAUAUCAAGAGAAAAAAAACAACAAAAAAAAGAAGAGAAGAGACAAAAGAUACAUGUUUUCUUCCCCCC